GCGUCCGCUCCGGCUGCCGCGGUGUCCUGCGGGCGGUCGAGGUGUGUGGCGGGCGGGGUGUCGCAGGGCGUGUCACGAGGUGAGGGCGCGAGCACCGAGGGGACCCCGCGGCCGGCGCGCCCCGCCCCGCCGCGGCCGCUCCCGGGGAAGAUGGCGGACCGCGCGCAGAUGUUCGCCCUCUCCACCUUCCACUCGCUGUCGCCGCCCGGCUGCAGGCCUCCCCAGGACAUCAGCCUGGAGGAGUUUGACGACGAAGACCUGUCUGAGAUCACUGAUGACUGUGGCCUGGGCCUCAGCUACGACUCGGACCACUGCGAGAAGGACAGCCUCUCCCUGGGGCGCUCGGAGCAGCUGCACCCCAUCUGCUCCUUCCAGGAUGACUUCCAGGAGUUUGAGAUGAUCGAUGACAAUGAAGAGGAGGAGGAGGAGGAAGAGGAGGAGGAUGAGGAGGAGGAGGAAGGGGAGGGCAAGGAUCUGGGAAGCCCCUGCUCAGAAGCCCCUGCCCUUGAGCUGCGGAGCCCCUCCCCCUCCCUGGAGGAGCCCCACAAGCACCGGCCCACCACGCUCAGCCUGACCAUGCUGGGCACCCAGGACUCCCUGAACAACAACGGAGGCUUUGCCCCACCACCUCCAGCUUCCUGGCAAGAGACAGGGCUGUGCUCACACCCCCAGGAGCCCCUCCGAGAGCCGCCUGCACGACGCCUGCCUGCUGACACCUGUCCCCGUGGGGGGCAGUCACCUGUGGGCCCAGGCUGUGACUGCGAGGGGAACCGACCCGGGGAUCCCCCAGCCCCCAGUGGGGCCUCUCCCACCUCAGAUCCCGGCAUCGAGGUGGACCUGGGGAGUGGCUCUAGCGCGGGCCUCGGGGUCCGGCGCAGCAGCCAGGAGCUGUCGUCGCCGGGCUCCGACUCGGAGGACGCCGGGGCCGCGCGCCUGGGGCGCAUGAUCUCGUCCAUCUCGGAGACAGAGCUGGAGCUCAGCAGCAGCAGCGGCCGCUCCUCGCACCUCACCAACUCCAUCGAGGAGGCUUCGUCGCCAGCCUCGGAGCCCGAGCCCGAGCCCGAGCCCGCGAGCGAGCCCCCUCGCCGCCCGGCCUUCUUACCCGUGGGCCAGGAUGACACCAACAGCGAGUAUGAGUCCGGCUCCGAGUCAGAGCCGGACCUCAGCGAGGACGCCGACUCGCCCUGGCUGCUCAGCAACCUCGUGAGCCGCAUGAUCUCCGAGGGGUCCUCGCCCAUCCUCUGCCCUGGCCAGUGCCUGUCUCCCGCGCAGCGUCCUCCGGGGGAGGCCGCAUCACCUGCGGGCGGGGCUCCCGAGGCUGCGGUCCGGGGUGGUGUGGAGCUGGUGGACAUGGAGACGCUGUGCGGGCCGCCGCCCCCCGCACCCCCCGCGCCCCGGCCUGGUCCCGCGCAGCCCGGGCCCUGCCUCUUCCUCAGCAACCCCACGCGCGACACCAUCACACCGCUGUGGGCCACCCCGGGCCGCGCGGCCCGCACUGGCCGCGCCUGCUCCGCUGCCUGCUCGGAGGAGGAGGAUGAAGACGACGAGGACGAGGAUGAGACGGAGGACAAGGUGGGGCCCCCUGGGGGCAGGGGCGGGGGCCCGGAAGCCCCGCUGGACGCCUCGCUGGUGUACGACGCGGUCAAGUACACGCUGGUGGUGGACGAGCACACGCAGCUGGAGCUGGUGAGCCUGCGGCGCUGCGCGGGCCUGGGCGAGGACAGCAGCGAGGAGGACAGUGGCGGCGAGGCCAGCGAGGACGAGGCGGGAGCCGCUCUGCUGGGUGUCGGUCAGGGCCCAGAGGGCGCCUCCCCGGACAGCCCCGACCUCACCUUCUCCAAGAAGUUCCUCAACGUCUUCGUCAACAGCACGUCUCGGUCCUCCAGCACCGAGUCCUUUGGCCUCUUUUCCUGUCUGGUCAACGGGGAGGAGAGAGAGCAAACCCACCGGGCUGUCUUCAGAUUCAUCCCCCGCCACCCCGACGAGCUGGAGCUGGACGUGGACGACCCGGUGCUGGUGGAGGCUGAGGAGGACGACUUCUGGUUCCGCGGCUUCAACAUGCGCACGGGGGAGCGGGGCGUCUUCCCUGCCUUCUACGCCCACGCGGUGCCGGGCCCGGCCAAGGAGCUGCUGGGGAGCAAGCGGAGCCCCUGCUGGGUGGAGCGCUUCGACGUGCAGUUCCUGGGCUCCGUGGAGGUGCCCUGUCACCAGGGCAACGGGAUCCUGUGCGCCGCCAUGCAGAAGAUCGCCACUGCCCGGAAACUGACCGUCCACCUGCGUCCCCCUGCCUCCUGUGACCUGGAGAUUUCUCUCCGGGGGGUCAAGCUGAGUCUGAGCGGUGGACCCGAGUUUCAGCACUGCAGCCACUUCUUCCAGAUGAAGAACAUCUCGUUCUGUGGCUGCCACCCCCGCAACAGCUGCUAUUUCGGCUUCAUCACAAAACACCCUCUGCUGAGCCGGUUCGCCUGCCACGUCUUCGUCUCCCAGGAGUCGAUGCGGCCUGUGGCCCAGAGUGUGGGCCGCGCCUUCCUGGAGUACUACCAGGAGCACCUGGAGUACGCCUGCCCCACAGAGGACAUCUACCUGGAGUAGCCGCCCUGCACCCUGCUCCCGGCAGCUGGGCCCGGUGUGUCUCGGAGACCACGCGGCUUUGGCAAGGACUGGACUGGGGGCGCGUGGGACCUGCUGUCCAGGGAGUCUCGGGGACUCCCUCUGCUCUGCGGAGGCUGCGGGAGGGGGGCAUGCCCCUCACCGCCCCUCUGGUCUUCUUCCUCCCUGUGUGCCUCCCUCCCCGUGUCUGCCCCCGCCCCUGUGCCUGCAAACUCGCCCUCUGCUCUUUACUCUGGGGUCAGGGCCGGGAGGGCGCGGGGGACGGCGGGCUCCCAGGUGACCCUCCCACCCUCCCCGGUAAUUUAAAAGGAAUUUUAAUUUUUAUAGCGAAUCUCAAGGGGUCACCCCAUCCUUGACCACAGGGACAAAGGGAAGGACCCCCACGCCACCCCACACGGCGCUGGAGGGGAGCAGGGAGGGGUUCCCCAGAAGGGCCUUGGGGACCCGAGGAGUAGUUCCUGAGACUCACCCCGAGCCCCAGGCCUUGCUUGGAUGGGGGUGCCCCGUGCCCCGCGCCCCGUGCCCCGCCGUGCCAGCGUCCGCUUCGCCGCUGCAAACCCCCCACAGUCCAGCACCUCAAUAAACUCUCUGCUUGGUGUGA